GAGGCGCCAUUACCCCGUGUUCAUGGGAGGUCAGUGAUGAUUCCGAAAUCCGGAAGUUUAGAGUCAACUUGACGAUUUUUUUUUUCAGCUGCAACCAAACCGCAUGUAGCAGGAUUCUGGAUGUUCAUAAAACAAGCUUUUCUGCUGUUACAGCCCUGUUGUCCUUUUAGUUGAAAUGCCCGGCCGAGGUGGAUCCUGGGUCUUUGUUCCAGCCACAUUAGUGACCGUGCUGCUGCUGGAAACUGCUGUUCCUGUUCAGGCCAAGAACUUUGAGGAUGUGCGCUGCAAGUGCAUCUGCCCACCCUACAGAAACAUUUCUGGACACAUCUAUAACAAAAAUGUCACCCAGAAAGAUUGUACGUGCCUCCAUGUAGUGGAGCCCAUGCCAGUUCCUGGUCAUGAUGUGGAAGCGUACUGUUUGUUAUGUGAAUGUAAAUAUGAGGAGCGGAGCAGCAACACCAUUAAGGUAACCAUCAUCAUUUACCUGUCUGUUGUGGGUGCACUGCUCCUCUACAUGCUGUUUCUGCUCCUGGUGGAUCCACUGAUCCGCAAGCACGACCCGUACACUCAGCCUCUGCACAACGAGGAAGACUCCGAGGAGAUGCGUCCUCGUGCAGAAAGCGGGUCGGCCAGAGGAAACACAGUUCUGGAGCGAGUUGAAGGGGCACAGCAGCGCUGGAAGAAGCAGGUGCAGGAACAGCGCAAGACUGUUUUCGACCGGCACAAGUUGCUAAGUUAGAGCUCUGUUGAAGGCUUUAAGGGUUAAAGGAUGCAACCUUCCCAGUUCUGUGCUGUCACACGGUCACCAGCUGAGUUAUCACACACCUGGUUGUCACUGAUCAGCACCGCUUUGACUGCAUUGCUGUUUCCUCACUUUAAAACAUUUCACAUGUUCGUCUAAUUCAUUGUCGUAUAAUUUAUAAGGUAACUACUGUAAGCUAAGCCAGCUGAGUGGAGCGUAAACAUCUUUUGCACACGCCAUUAGUACAUUUUCUCAGUCGCUUCUAGGAAUGUCAAUGCUGCUGCUUCAGAUUUAAAUUAUUUUAGGGUUGUCAUCCUUUUUAAAAUAUUUGUAAAUAUAUAUAAAAAAGUGUUGCAUGAUUAAAGAAGAAGUUGUUUCUACAGAUCAGCUUGCUCACAGGAUUCUACAGAUGUUAGUUUAGUUGUAAUUUAUUGUUUUUAAACUCAGACUUUUUCAUUGUUUGCACUAAGGAUCGUUAUUUUUUGGGUAGGUUAAAUUUCUGUUGCUUCUUUGAAACUGAUUGUCCAUUUUUCCAGCUCUUUGAUGCAAAAAUGUAUUUUAUCAAACCAUCACAAUCUGUGGUCUUUUGCAUGAAAUUCUGCAUCUGAAGUUUCAGUUUUUACUCCUAAUGGAGUUUAUUUUUGUCUUUGUUUUGUUUCUUAAUUUGAUGUAAAAUAUUUAGAGUUACCGAAACCUUUUUAGAUGAGGAAAAAAUUCUACCGAUGUGUCGCACGGCCGCUCUCAAUCAUUAUAAGAUCACAUGAUGGAAUGUUUAAUGGAAGAAUAAAAAUCUAUUCCCGCAAGAGAUGAAAUAAAACAGAAUCAGUUCCA